UUUUUGCCUAUAUAAAUCACUUGUUUGUGUUUGUAUUUUAACCAAAAAGCAACUCCAUACACCCUAUUCUCACUAAACAAUAGAGUAGUCCUACAGAGCUCAAGUGAACAACCAAAACUUUCACUUCUUUCUUCUAUGAUGGUGAAGACAGAUUGGUUGUUAGUAAUCCUUCUAGGCCUGGUGCUUUUAAGUCUAGAAGGAGCUGAAGGAAGAAAAGAGAGAAUUCUUGGAGGAUCCCCUUAUGAGUUAGCAUACUCAGCAAUAAACUGCAGAAAGCACAGUGCAUCCAUAAAAGAUUUUGGAGGAAUUGGAGAUGGAAAAACACUCAACACAAAGGCAUUUCAAAAGGCAGUAAAUCAACUGAGCAAAUAUGCAUCAGAUGGUGGAGCUCAACUAGUUAUCCCUGCUGGUCACUGGCUCACUGGUAGUUUCAAUCUUACUAGCCAUUUCACUCUUUUUCUACACAAGGAUGCUGUUCUUCUUGCUUCUCAGGAGAUAAGCCAGUGGCCUGUGAUAGACCCCCUACCAUCCUAUGGUCAUGGGAGGGAUGCACCAGGAGGCAGGUACAUCAGUCUCAUUUUUGGUACUAAUCUCACAGAUGUCAUCAUCACAGGUGAGAAUGGGACAAUAGAUGGACAGGGUGCUCUCUGGUGGCAACAAUUUCACAUGAACAAACUAAAAUACACAAGACCUUACUUGAUUGAACUCAUGCAUUCUAAUAAAAUUCAGAUAUCAAAUCUAACCCUUCUCAACUCUCCUUCUUGGAAUAUUCAUCCUGUUUAUAGCAGCGAUAUCAUUAUCCAAGGCAUCACUAUUUUAGCACCUGUUACAUCCCCAAACACUGAUGGGAUCGACCCAGAUUCUUGCACAAAUAUAAAACUAGAGGACAACUACAUUGUAUCUGGAGAUGAUUGUGUAGCAGUCAAAAGUGGCUGGGAUGAGUAUGGUAUAAAAUACGGAAAGCCAACAAGUCAUUUGAUCAUCAAACGUCUCACUUGCAUUUCACCUUACAGUGCAGCUAUAGCACUAGGAAGUGAAAUGUCAGGUGGAAUUCAAGAUGUGAGAAUUCAAGACAUUACAGCCAUCCAGACAGAAUCAGGGAUAAGAAUCAAAACUGGUGUGGGGCGAGGGGGAUACGUCAAAGAUAUAUAUGUCAAGGGGAUGAAACUGCACACCAUGAAAUGGGUAUUUUGGAUGACAGGCAACUAUGGUUCACAUGCUGACACUCACUGGGAUCCUAAAGCCUUACCAGAGAUAAAAGGAAUCAAUUACCGGGAUGUGGUGGCUGAGAACGUGUCAAUGGCUGGCCAGCUAGAUGGGAUAUCCGGGGAUCCUUUCACUGGAAUCUGCAUGUCCAAUGUAACAAUUGGUUUAGCAAAAAAGUCCAAGCAAAAUCCAUGGGCUUGCACUAAUAUUGAAGGAAUUAGCAGUAGUGUGCAACCUCCACCUUGUAAGUUGCUAGUUGAUCAGGGCCCAAAGAAAAGUGGUAUGUGUGAUUUUCCUACAGAAAGUUUACCCAUAGAUAGCAUAGAGAUGCAAAGAUGUUCUUAUAGAUUGAAUCUCUGAUAAGCUUUCCAUACAUGUAAUAGUUCUAUUACUUAAGUACCCAUACUUUUCAUGGCUACUUCAGAAUACCCUCAAUAUUACACUACAAAUUAAGGACUUCAUGUGUGCUUUUUCAA